CGCCCCCAGCCCCAAAUWGCUAGGUCCUACCUCGGGAGCCUCUUGAGUUUCGUAUUAGGCCACCAGGUUGGGUCGCCCCUUAAGGAGUCCUGGGCCCAUGCCAGCCUGUGUACACUCAGUGUGACCUCUGACCGCUGGUGUGAUCUUGGACCCAGCGAGGACCAGUCCCUGGCGUGGGCCGAAGGGACAGCCAUGGAGCUGGGCAGCUGCUUCAAGACCUACGAGGACUUCAAGGAGUGCUUCAGCGCCUACAAAAGGGAGAACAGGUGCUCCUUCAUUCUCAGGGACUGCGUCUCCGUCCGCUUCCACAACCUCAACCACGGCACCUCCAUCCGCGAGGACAUCCUAUAUGUGCAGGUGAAAUUUGUCUGUAUUCGGACCCAGUCAAACAGGAAGAGAACACGGGAGGCGAACAUGUGCCCAGCAUAUUUGCUCCUGAGGUACAACGAGAGACUAGAUAGACUAUUUAUCAGUGAACUUAACACCCACCACGUACACGUUGAUUCCAAAACCGCUAUUCCUGGAGGAGAUGCCGUUUACAAAUCUCAAAGGACACUGUGUCUGCAGAAACUCCAGCCUGUGCUGCCCACAUUCAAAAAGGACCUUGAUAAAGCUGAGAAGUCCCCAGUAGAACCAUCGUUUUAUCUAAAUGAUGUACAAGUGCCCUCAAAACCAGAGCAGGAAGGCAUCACUCCUUCUGAUCUGGCUAAGAUAGCAAAAGUGAUGAAAAACUUUCUUAAGGUAGAUAAGGGUUCCAUGGCUUCCUUCAGUGUGGGCACCAGCCGAGACUUGGACCGGCUGAGCUUCCAGAGCAGCAAGAUGAGUGACCUGUUCAUCCGAUUCCCAGAGAAUCUCUUGCUGCACCGGGUGGAGAAUACCCAGGGCCACAUCCUCUACGCUUUCUUGGUGGAGAACAAGGAACGAGAAGGUCGAGUGGUCCACUUUGCUGUGCUCAAGACUGAGACAGCCACCUCUGUCGCCAAGAUGCUGAGCAUCUUCACAGAGUUUAACUCUGAUUGGCCCAAGGUCAAGGUGGUCUUUGUGGACCCUUCAUUCCCUCACCGGCCCAUUCUGCAGGAGAUCUUCCCUGCUGCCCGCAUCCUUCUUUCCAUCUACCACACAACCCGGCUCUUGGAGAAGAAGUUACAUCGUAGUUCAGCAAAUCCAUCCUUUAAAAGACUCAUGAAGGAAGCCCUGCGGGAGGCUGUGUUUGUCACUUCUGAAGCCAGCCUUAAAAAUCUCUGUCAGAUGUCCCAAGCUCUGCUAGACGAGGAUCUCUUCAGCUUCCUACAGGCCCACUGGUUCUCCUGUGAACUGCUGUGGUACAUGCACGUAAGGAAGGGCCUGCAUGCGUGUAAUACCUACAUGGACAGCCUAGACAUAGUCACCAGCAAGGUGUCAAGCCUCUUUCGGGAACAGCAGUCCCUGCUAGACUGCAUCCUCCGUUUCGUGGAUUACAUAGACUUCUUCAAUACUAAGGGCUUGAAGAAUUUACCCACAGCUCCUCCCAAGUUAAAGAGAACUCGGCCUCCAAGCAUGCCACCAAAGGCCAAGAAGCCUUUUGGAAUCUGUGGAAGGAGCCUUAAUGGGCUCCCUGUGGAAGAGACGAAGCCAGACUCGAAGCAAGUUCAGUUGCAGCAGCAGCCCUCCCUGGGUGACAUGCUAGACACCUUAAACCAAAGUGGCUCUGAACUGGCCUAUAAGCUGUGCAACAAAGAGUGGGAGGUGGUGCAGAAUUCCACCCAUCUGGUGGGCAUGGCCGGACCCUCGGUGGAUGUUCAGCUGCUAGAGGACUCUCACCAAGUUAGCAAAGAUGGUUGUAGCUGCAGCUGUUCCUUUCAGCAAUGGUACCACCUGCCUUGCCGGCACAUUUUGGCGCUGCUACAUACCAGCCAGCAACCUGUGGGUGAAGCCAUGGUGUGCAGACGGUGGCAGAAGAAGUAUCAGCACCUCCUGGGGCCCAAUGGGGAGCUCCAGGACCGUGGUGUGAUCCCACACACAGACCAGCCUGAAAAGCAAGGUCGGAACGAUAUGAUUCAGGACCUAAGCAGAGAGCUGGCAAACUUGCUAAUGCAGACCGAGGGCCCAGAGCUGGAGGAGCGCUGUUCUACCCUGCGCAAGAUUGUGGACAUCUGGGCUGUCCCCUGUCAGCCUCCUGAGUCCAUUCAGCAGCCAGGAGACUUCAGGGACGUAGGCUGGCUCCCUUUCCUCUGGGGAAAACAUGAAGAAGGAGAGGGACUCCCUCCUGCUGAAGCCACAAUUCAGGAUUGAAUCACUUGCACUGGCACAAUUGGACCAAACCCCUC